UGUAUGGGUGGCUGUGGUAUUGGGUCCAGCUGUCCCCAAACAGGGGCUGGAUGGGGAUUUCAGACUCUGCAAGAGACUCCUCAAGCUUGAUUGAUUGAUUGGAUUGAUUGAUUUUAUUUUAAGAUACCCUUGGAAAAGAGCAAUGAAGCCUCUCUCCGAAUGGCUGGCCUUCUGGAACUGUCUCCUUGACUGAAGACCAAGAGCCUGCCUGAGUGUGCAGCCCAGCCCGGAGGUACCAGCCGCCCCUGUUCCUCCAGCACCAGGUUAGUUUGAUCCUUGCCUCACCUCUCUGCCAUGGCUUCUGGAGGGGAGGGUCCGGCUGAUGGCUCCCCUGACUGGGCUGACACCAGCAUCGAUCUCAGCUCGCCAGGCCUCGCCAAGGCCAGCACCUCCAUGCUGGACAGUGGGGAGGACUUCGAAGUCCUCGAUGAGGACGACGACGACGACUUGAGUGAACUCCCCCCUUUGGAGGACAUAGGGACGGGAAGGACCCCACCAGCCAGAGAUGACACCCAGGCGCCCGGGUCAGAGCAAGCCCCAGAGGAGGCCUCCAACAUGCCCCAGGCAGCUGAGGAGUGGCUUGAUGUCUUGGGGAGUGGCUUACUCAAGAAGACGACCCUGGUGCCAGGUCAAGGCGUGGCGAGCCGGCCGCGCAAAGGCCAGGAUGUCACCGUCCGACUCAAGGCGAUGCUGGAGGAUGGCAGCGUCGUGGAGGACAGUCCCAGCCUCUCCUUCACCCUGGGAGACUGCGACGUCAUGCAGGCCCUAGACCUGUGUGUGCAGCUGAUGGAAAUGGGAGAAACUGCCUCGAUCAUGUCGGAUGCCAAGUACUGCUACGGCCCGCAGGGCAGGAGCCCCGACAUCCCGCCCCACGCAGCCCUCACCCUGGAAGUGCAGCUGCUGGCCGUGCAGGACGCUCCUGACCUGGAGCUCCUCCGUGGGAGAGAGAAAAUCCAGCUGGCCAAUCGCAAGCGGGAGCGCGGGAACUUCUACUACCAGCAGGCAGACUACGUGCUGGCCAUCAACUCCUACGACAUCGCCCUGAAGACCAUCGACUCCAGCUCCAAAGUCGACUUCAGCCCGGAGGAGGAGGCCGAGCUGCUGGAGGUGAAGGUGAAAUGUCUCAACAACCUGGCAGCCUCUCAGCUCAAGCUGGACCAUUAUGAGGCUGCCCUGAGAUCCUGCACCCAAGUCCUGGAGCACCAGCCGGAGAACAUCAAGGCCCUCUUCCGCAAGGGGAAGGUGCUGGCACAGCAGGGCGAGUACAGCGAGGCCAUACCCCUCCUCAAAGCAGCUUUGAAGCUGGAGCCAUCGAACAAGACUAUCCAUGCAGAGCUCUCCAAGUUGGUGAAGAAACACGCGGAGCAGAAGAACGUAGAGACCGCGAUGUACAGGAAGAUGCUGGGGAACGCCAGCACCAGCAGCACCCCUGCACCGUGCAAAGACAAGUCGCCCCGGUCUAUUCCCUGGAAGUGGCUCUUCGGCGCAACAGCUGUCGCGCUCGGUGGCGUGGCCUUGUCCGUUGUCAUAGCCGCAAGGAACUAGUGUCGUCUGCGGAGAGGCCCAAGAAGCUGUGCCACGCCCCAGUCUGCCCCACCAGCUGCCCCGGCACCUCGGGACCUGCACCGGUGAGGACUGUCUGAUUUCCUCCCCUCAGAGCGGCGCCGGGGUUCUGUGCAUCGCUCCCUUCCCCCUUACCCACUGAUUGUAAAUCACAGAAUCAACCUGCUCUGCCCGAGGGGCCUGGCAAGCGGCCGUUGCGGCGGCACCUUUGCAGCAGGACGGGGCGUGGGUGGAGGGUUGGCAGGCCAGGGGGAGAUGCCCAGGGCGGGUGAGCCCUCUGAGUGUGGGACGAAGAGCCCGGCAUUUCCACACACUGACCGCUGGUCCGUCGUCGUCCUACCCCGGCAGAACCUGCGCCCUGGUGCCAGCAGAGCAAUAACUUCCGGUGCCAUCUGCCCCCUUCUGAUGGUCAGGCAAGGAGGGGCUCCCCUAAACAAUCAAUCUGUUAAGGGAUGCAGCUGUUUCUGGGGGAGGGUAGAGCAGGCAGGGCUUGUGUGGUCAUGACUCUGGUUCUGCAGAGCCGGGGUCCAUGGUGGGGGAUGCUCUCCAUGUGGCUGUGGGGAAGGGCAUGCAAUCAGCACCCAUCCCCCUAGGUGCUGGGAGCUGUGCCCGUGGGUUCCAUUGUGAAAUGAACCCAACUUGCCACAGUAACACGACCUCGACUGCCUGUCGCAGCAAAGCUAGGGAGGGCUGGUUUUCCUGUUGUAAAGGCUUCUAGUGCCCCUGCAGCCACCAUGCUCUGCGACAGGCUCCCCGGGGUGCUGGGAGGUGGCACCUUGGCCCUGUCCCUGGAUCCCUUGGGAAGUGGGGCCAGGCGGGAGAGCACUGCCCCUCCAGCAGAGCUCUCGCUCAUACAUCAGGGACGAGGGGGGGCUCUCUUGGAGCGUGCCCUGCCCCCCAGCCUUCACGCACACCCCGCUGCCCUCUUCACUACAGGCUGGGGUCCAGUGUGCCAUGGCCAAGAACAGUCCCAGCAGCGUGAGCUGUCCCCGGGAAGCAAAACGCCAUGUGGCAGGAACGGUGGAGGGGCAAAAUGUCUGCGUGUCCGUUUCAUCCUUCUGGCACCCAGGGCUUUGAUCUCUCUGCAGGUCCCCUAGGGAGGGUAUUUCCCCUCGGCCUGUAGCGCUGUCCAGCCCUGCUCCUGGAUUUCCCAGCUGCUCUGCCUCCCUCCCCACUGUGCAGCAGGGCCCCUGUCUGCUGUCCCCCCGCACUGUCCUACCAGCUGCACUUCUAUGGAGUCAAAGUACUAUUCCCCCACCCCCACAAUCAACUGUGAAAACCCCCAAUAAACGGACAAGUCUCAAUUGUG